CUAUAAAACCUUCACCUCCAUCACCCUCCUCUCAUCAAACCAAUAUACCAACCCACCUCCUGCUUUUUCUUCUCUUACUUUUCCCUCACCAACCAGAAAACUAGAAACCAAUGGAGAAGUUGUCAGCCAGCAGACUCUAUCACUCCCUCUCUUGGGCGCCAGAACCAGUUGGACUCCUCUUUUUUCGCAGAAUACUCAGCUACUUCAUCAUGGCACUUCUGAAGUUCUCUCUGAGAUCCGUUUCUUUCUUCCAUUCCUAUGCCGAGCUCUUCGCUUUCCCGUCGAUGGUUAAUGACGAGCAACUCAUGAUAAAGAAGACACCACGCCAGCCUAGAGGCGACAUAAAUCUCAGCAGGGAAGAUGUGGAGAUGGUUAUGGGAAGGAUGGGAUUAUGCUGCAGCCAAGAAGGAGAACAGCUGAAGGAGUGCAUGGGCUUUGAUGAGCUUUCUAAUGUAUUUGAGGAGGAGCCUAGUUUUGAGGAACUGAAGGAGGCCUUCUCUGUUUUUGAUGAGAACAGUGAUGGGUUCAUUGAUGCAGUUGAGCUGCACAGAGUUCUCUCCAAGCUGGGCUUCAGAGAAGGAUCAGAAGUGGAUUCAUGCAAACGGAUGAUCGCGGCGUAUGAUGAAAACCGAGAUGGGAGGAUUGAUUUCAAUGAGUUCGUCAAGUUUAUGGAGAUCAGCUUUUGCUGAUAUCCAUUUCCUUUUCAUUUUUCUUCUUUUCUUCAUCCUAAUUGUAUAAAAGCGUCGAAAUGGAAAU